AUGGGAAUCGCCAUCUCAUAUCGUGGCGUACUGCAGACAAGACACAAAUUUGACGUCCCGCCUGCAGGAGCCAACUCUAUCCUUCGGUUUUUCCGUUGCUUCCUGCCGCUGAUCACACCAUCCCCCUAUACCCCCUAUCCAAAGAAACCAAAACACCACUUAGUAAUUGCAACCAAAAGCCAUUCCUUGGCAACACACAUUUAUGGAAAAUCAGACCCCCUGAGUCCAGGGCUGCCAACACACCUCUGCACCCGAAUAACCCGGGCUACCUACAUUUCAGCACCGCGGCCUGCAGACUGUCCCGGAGAAUUACCAAAGGUAAAACCGCACCCGAUUUGUUCCCCACACUGCACCCCGUACCAAACAGGCAGACUACCUACGUUCGGAUUUUCUUCACUUUUUCCUCUCAUCGCUCACCACACAUACAAGCGAAUUGCUGGAAAAAAAUCUUCCGGGAGUGAACAUCGUGUAUCCCACGGAACCUCCGUCUCCCUGCUGAUCUGUUUGUGCCGUUAG